AAACGUAAUCACAGGCGUCGUCGCAGUUUUAUGACAGCCGUGUUUUGGUGUGAAGAUGGCUGAACGUGAAGCGCUAAAGAGAGAAAUAGAGGAGCUGCAAAACCUCAUUAAUGACUAUAAAAGUACUCACGGUGACAUUCCCUCAAGCUCUGCCCAGUGGGAUCAUGGCAGGCACGGUUCAAGGAGGGGCCAGUGUCAGGGUCAUGCCUCACAUUACACACAGUCAUGUUCAUCAAUGCCACAGCCGUAUGUGGCUCGUUCUUCUGACAGCUGGAGGAAAACAUACUCCCUUAACAACAAGACAAACAGGGCUGUUGGGAGUCUGGAGUCUCACCCAGCUCUGGACCACCUGAACCAGCAUCCUCACUGCAUCGCUACAUCUGGAGCCACUGCUACUGGGGAUAGUGUUGGACUUGUUGGGAAUAACAGUGUUUUAUUUAAAAAGUUGACAACUGAACAAACAAAGAGUAAAUCUGCAACAUAUUCCCUCAGUGUCCAAAGUGAAAUUUCAAAGGAGAGGAAAAGUGACGCCAGUGGAAAAAGGACUGUGCUUAUAUCUGCAACAGGAAAAACCGAUCAUGGCUGUUCAUCUACCAAUGAACUAACUGACUCUACUUCAUCAUCAGAGCCUGAAAGGAAGAUAAAACCCACUUUGAAAUCAUCCUCAGUUGUGAAAAAUCCCUCUAUCCCUUCAACUGUUAAACUUCCAGCUCAACUUCAAGUCAAACCACUCCUCCCCACUGCUGCCAUAUCCAAUAGGACUGUCGUAUUGCCAUCAGCCAAUAAAGAUUCGUCUAUGGCUUCUUCUACUUCUAACCUUCAGUCUCAGGCUUCAUUGAGUCCCACAAAGCUUCUUCAGUCUCAGGCUUCCUUGAGUCCCGCAGAGCUCCUUCAGUCUCAGCCUCAGGCUACCUUGAGUCCCGCAAAGCUCCUUCAGUUUCAGGCUUCCUUGAGUCCCGCAGAGCUCCUUCAGUCUCAGGCUACCUUGAGUCCCGCAAAGCUCCUUCAGUCUCGGGCUACCUUGAGUCCCACAAAGUUCCAGCCUAAGCCAGACUCAGCUCAGACACGUAUAGCAUCGCCAUGCCAUAAGAGAUCUCGGUUUACUUGGGUGAAAAACCAAGAGAUGGUAAACAUAAAAAGCACACCUAAGCCAGUGAAUUCUCUCUCCCCAGCCUGUGAAUCCUCUCCUGGGACAGCCACUGUCAGAAGAGUCUCCAGCUCCAACAAGAGGGUGUCUCGCAAGCCUUUGUCUCUUUCCCUUGGAGUUCCUAAGACCUCAAAGUACACAUGGGUGUCUUCAUCUUGUUCCCUGUCAACAGCUGGGAAAGCAAACACUUCAACGAAAAUGCUACGCAAGCCUCUUUCGCCCAAAUCUCUUAAAAUCCCUGUAAGAACCUCUCAAGGUGUACUGGAGGGACACAAAAAAGAAAAGAGAUACGGCACAACCUCGACAACUUCAUCCAAAAAAUCUAGAGCUGGGGGUGCUACUACAUCCCAUGCUGGACAUACUAGCCGCUAUCGUUGGAAGGCGGCUGGACAAAAUGCGACGGCAAAUGCAUCUAGCUCAACUUCUAGGACUACCCAUAAGAGCACAGUGUAUCGAUGGACCGCUAAUAAGAAUGGUCAAAAGGGGGAAAAGGGAUCUGCUGUGUCCUCAAGCUCAGCCCGCAUUAACCCUACUACCACUCCACUGUCAGCUGGUGCCUUCAAGCUCAGGAGCCAAACCAAGAUCAUCAGAAAAUCUGUUAGCAAUCCCUCCUUAGAGAGAAGAUACAGCCCUAUUGUGCAGACUAUCAGGAGCCGGUAUUCUUUGUGGAGGCGGACACAUGCUCAGGUGAAGACUCCAACCAAUGGCAGGCGAGCACAGCCCAAAGUGCUGGUUUCAUUUGGCAGACACAAGCUCCGCCGCCUCUCUCUCACCGCCACCUCAUUAGGGACCUCGAGAUCAGGCCCCACCUCUUCGCCAGUGCGAAGCCCGGCAUCACAUCGGGUCAUCAAAACACGCUACAAGAUCGACACACGCAGAGCGCAUACAAUCCAAUCCUUCAGGGUCAAGAGAGUACAUUCUGCCAGAAACCUCCUGCAGAAUCGGCUAAGGACUAGUCCAGAAAGGCAGUGGAGGGGGCGGAGCAUGAGGUGGAUAGGCGGAGCCCUAUACAGAGUCUCAGCCAAUAAGCUCUCUCGCACUCAAACCACCUCCACACCUAACAGUAGACCAGGAGAGUGGUACAAUCCAUAUGUUUCCUCGACUAGUAAUCAGGGAAGAACAUCGGCCACACGUUACGUAGCCAGUCGUGCUGUGCAGAGGAGUUUAGCUAUAAUACGACAGGCCAGACAGAAGAAACAGAAGGCCAAGCAGUACUGUAUGUACUAUAACCGAUUCGGCAAGUGUAACCAUGGUGACACUUGCCCCUACAUCCACGACCCUGACAAAGUAGCCGUCUGCACCAGGUUUCUCCGAGGCACAUGUAAGCGGACUGAUGGGACUUGUCCUUUCUCGCAUAAAGUAGCCAAGGAGAAGAUGCCUGUGUGCUCAUACUUUCUGAAGGGGAUCUGUAAUAACAGUAGCUGUCCAUACAGCCAUGUCUAUGUCUCACGCAAAGCCGAUGUGUGCAAAGACUUUGUCCGAGGCUACUGCCCGCAGGGAGAUAAGUGUAAGAAGAAACACACACUGGUGUGUCCUGACUUCUCCAGCACCGGUGUGUGUCCACGUGGAUCCAAAUGCAAGCUGCACCACAGACAGAGUGUGAAACGCACCAGCUCUAACACAAGCUUUGGACCGGCUAAGAAAGCCCGCACCAGAGACAUUAUAAAGAGUACGGAGGAAGUUCAGGCUCCGUCUACAGAGUCCAUACAGGCAGAUGAGGGCUCGUCCUCCUCGGGUCCUGAGAAGCUGCCCUCCUUCAUAUCUUUGUCCAGCUCUCCUGACAUGUCAGAGAACCCUGAUUCCCCAAAGAUCCCUCCUGCGGCAGGCUUACAGGCCAAAGGAAAGACACUGCAUAUCAAGCCACGAUUCUUAUCUUCAACACAAACAGAACCCUCGCCAAAGGAGGGCUAAUGGUGGGUGUUUUAAUCAGUAAUGAAUAAUUCAACUUUUUUUAACUUAACUUUUUAUUUUAGAAAUAAGAAAUUGACUCCGCCUCUCUUGAACAGUUUACAAAGACCUCUGUACAUUAGACGUUCACAACUAUUUUUUGGUAUCAAAUCACAUUUUUCGUUUCAAGAAUUCCAAGAUGCAAAUUCCAAGAAUUGAUUGUACAGAUUUCUUAGAAUAUAUGCAUAACUAUUCACAACUACAGAAUAUAUCCAUUAUAAUCAAAUACUGUUCUGCAAAAAAACGGGUUUUUUUUGCAGACGUUUACAUUUGUAGAGAAUGGAGUUAGUUUCGAAGUGUAAAGUUAUUCUCAGGGGUUUUUAAAACAGCGUUUAUGUAGUGGUUUGUUGUGCAAAGAAUUAGUUUUAUCAUUUAGAAUGUAAGCUUGUGAAAAUGUAUUUUCAAAGAAUGGAAAACUACUUAAUAAAAUUGCUUUAUGAUUUUUGCGAA